AUGAUUCCAGAAGAAGGAAUCUUAGAAGAAAUAUCAGAUUUACGCCAAAAAUGUUCAAAGUUGAAUGCAGAAAUAAACGAUUUAAAACUCAAACAUGAACAGAAAGUUGAUAAAAUUUCACAUUUAAAGGAAAUGAAUUCUAAAAUCAAAGGUCUUAUUGCUGAAAUGGAUGAAGAACUUAAAUUAUCCAAGUCUGACGAUGAAGCAUCACUUAGAGAGCAAAUAAACCAAUUAGAACAAGCAAUAAUUAAAACUCAAAAUGAACAAAAGCAUUUUAUACUCGAAACAAAUCGAUUGAAAGAAGUUGAGAAGUUACGAUCAGCAUCACGUGCUCGGCAAAUGCUAUAUACUGACAUGUCAGCACAAAUAAAUAAUAACGGAAAUAUCCCUAUUUCAUCAUUAAUUCUACUACGUCAUGACUUAGAAAAGGAAUUACAAGAACUUAUUUCAAAGGAUGCGCCUACUUAUGUAAUUAACAGAAAGAAAGCUCAAAUUGUUCAUUUACUAGACGUUACAAUCUAA